GAGAGAGAGAGAGAGAGAAACUCCAGUCGGCACUCGACUCCACAUCCAAUCCGCAGGCUGCCACUCGACCAAAUCUUAUUCAUAUGGGAAUAUCGAUCCGAUUCGAUCAAUAAGGAUACUUUCGUCUCAGAGGAACAACUUUGUGCCGGGCUUCUUCUGCAGCAUCUUGCCAUCCUGUCUCGCUUUUCAUUUUUUUUUUUUUUUGCCGGAUAAGAUGGUAACAACGCGACUAAGAUCCCCUGCGUUCAUUCAUAGGUGGUGAGGCUCGGAUGUUCGGCAAGUCCGGCGAACAGGACCGACGCGGAUCACACUUGCGUGAGGAAACACGCCUGACAGGGACAAUGAGUCAGGCUGCCGAUGUGGAGCGUUAAAACCGAGAAGUUAUAAGUUUUCUUUUCUUUUUUUGUUCUCCACCGCCGCCCAAAGUUAGGAUUCAAGAGAACUGCAGAGGUAUUCGUGUGACCUGUGGCCAAACGCAGGGAUGACGGUCAAACUGGACUUUGAGGAGUGUCUGAAAGACUCUCCACGCUUCAGAGCGGAAAUCGAAGAAGUCCAAACUGACGUGAGCGAACUCGAGACACGAUUGGACAAGCUUGUGAAGCAAUGCCAGGCCAUGCUGGAGGCAGGCAGGGUCUACUGCCAGAGCAGCAAGAGCUUCAUCAACGGCCUCCGGGAGCUGGGACACCACUGCUCAGGGGACAAGAUGAUGGGGGAGUGUUUGGAGAAAUUUUCCAAAAAGCUGUCUAUUAUAAUGGAGGCACAGGGGGAAGUGAUUGAGACCACACAGAAGUCAGUAAAGGCGAAGCUGCAGAACUUUGUGAAAGAAGAUGUUCGUCGGUUCAAAGAUGUGCGCAAGGAGUUUGAGCGCAGCAGCGAAACCCUGGAGGGGGCGCUGGCGAGAAAUGCUCAGGCCCCACGAGGGAAGCAGCAUGAAGUGGAGGAGGCGAGUAAUGCUCUGCUCAACGCACGCAGGACAUUUCGCUCUGAGGCCUUAGACUACGUCCUGGAGAUUAAUGUAAUUGAGGCCAAGAAGAAGACAGACAUUCUGAUGGCAGUGCUUUCACUGAUGGAGGCCCAGGCCCAGUUCUUCCAACACGGCCACCAGUCUGUAUCGGAACUGGACGAGUAUCGACGAAAACUGAAUGAAGAGCACACUCAGUUUGUCCUAAACUCAGCCAGAGAGAAGAGGGACAUGGAGCAAAGACAUGCUGCAAUCAAGAAAAAGGAUGUGUCCUACGAUGACUCCAUCAUGGAUUUCAAUGCUGACGCAGCCAACGGUAUCGCCAUGGAAGGAUACCUCUAUAAGAGAGCCAGCAACGCCUUCAAGACCUGGAGCAGGCGCUGGUUUUCAAUUCAAAAAAAUCAGCUGGUGUAUCAGAAGAAAUUCAAGGACCAGCCUACAGUUGUGGUGGAGGACUUGCGUCUUUGCACAGUCAAGCCCAGCACUGAAAAUGAGAGACGAUUCUGCUUUGAAGUGGUCUCCCCGUCGAAGUGUUGUUUGUUGCAGGCAGAUUCUGAAAGGCAGCAGCAAGCGUGGAUCAGUGCCGUCCAAAACAGCAUCGCCUCAGCCUUUCAGGAGCACAGAGAGGACCCACACAGCCCAAGACAGCGCUGCAGCUCUGUGUCGACAAGCAGUUUGGGAGGUGGGGGAGGAAUAGGAGGUGUGGAUCAGGAGAACAAGGGCUGCAAGGCGCUGGAGGAGGUUCAGGCGAUCCCAGGGAACCGGCAGUGCUGCGACUGCGGAGAGCCCGGUCCUGAUUGGGCCUCCAUCAACCUGGGCAUCACGCUGUGUAUUGUCUGUUCAGGAAUUCACAGGAGCCUGGGAGUCCAUUUCUCCAAAGUACGCUCCCUCACACUCGACUCCUGGGAGCCAGAGCUCAUUAAGUUGAUGUGUGAAUUAGGAAACACGGUAAUCAACAGGAUCUACGAGGCUCGGAUCGAUGAGAUCACCAUCAAGAAGCCACAUCCCUCCAGUCCCAGAGGAGACAAGGAGUCGUGGAUUCGGUCAAAGUACGUUGAAAAGAAGUUUAUCCAAAAGCUGCCAGAGACUGGCCGAAACCCUCCGCUGAGGAGAUCCAGCGCCAGGAGGAACCGGGCGACCACGCAGGACCGGACCGUUCAGCGGCCACCGCUCAAACCCAAACCGAACCGAGCCACUCUGCCUCGGGUCACAGGGCUCACUCCCAGUGACCUUGUCCAAAAGAACAAUACAAACUUUCACAAAGACAUGGACGAGGAAGAAGAGGAUCUGAGCGGACUUCACCCCGGGGCGCUGUUGUACCGAUCGGCGGCCCUGCAGAACUUCCCUGUCAUGGCCGACGCUUUGGCUCAUGGAGCCGACGUCAAUUGGGUCAAUGUGGCUGAGGAGUCCAGCACACCGCUGAUACAGGCCGUCUCAGCGAACGCCCUGGCAGCCUGUGAGUUCCUGCUGCAGAACGGUGCCAACGUCAACCAGGCAGACAGCAAUGGGAGAGGACCGCUGCACCACGCCACCAUCCUGGGUCACACUGGGUUGGUUUGUCUCUUCCUGAAGCGAGGUGCGGACUACAACGCCAGAGACAAGAACCAGAAAGACCCCAUAACUAUCGCUGUGGACAACGCCAACGCUGACAUCGUCACUUUGCUGCGGAUUGCCAAAAUGAACAAGGAGAUGCGGGAGAUGGACGGAGCAUUUGGCCAAUCAGGUGAUGAAACCUACCAGGACAUCUUCAGAGACUUUUCACACAUGGCCUCAAACAACCCUGAGAAGCUCAAACGCCGCAGUGCAGACCCCAAAUCUUAACUGGCUGCUGCUGCUGCCUCCUCCUCCUCCUCCUCCCUCAACCUGCUGUACAAUGCCACAUUUCACACUUCAGCCAGACAUACUUGCACACACAUACAGUAAGCAUGCUAGUAUUCAGCUCACAGGCAUAUACACACACACACACACACACAAACAUUUUCCCUGGCUACCUGGCACAUGUUCAGUUCAUAGCUCAGCUGGUGUUGACUUCAGAGGGAUGAACAGUGAAUUCUUUGUGCGAACACGUCAGAGCAGAACAAUUGUGUCCAAGUGGAAACACUGGAACAGCUUUAUGAGAGCAGCAUGAGGUGUCUUUAUGUCUAGUAGAGGGUAACUUCAUUACCCUGCCAAGAUUUCCUAAUUAAAUCCUGUAAAUCUAUUGUUUUUUUUUUUUUUAACCAAAAUGAGAUGUGUUUUUAUGUUCCUCUGCCAUUUCCAUUCACUUGUUACAUGAAAACGAAGUGAAGAUUUUUGUUGGAAAUGGACAUAAUUUUUAGAAAAAGUGAAAUUUUAUGUCAGCUGUCUUUCAUGGAAGAGUAAUGUACGCAGAUUUUUACAUCUGGAACAUUUUUAGACAUUGUUCGUGUCUGUUUUGUUAAACUGUGUGAGGUACUUUAGGUUUGUAUCACGAUCAAAUAAAUCACAACACAAAACAGA